AUGAGACCAGUCACAGCUUCCCGUCCAUCUUUGCCACUAUGGAUGAUUGCACUGAUUGUGUUCGGAGUAUUGGCAAUCCUGGGAAUAACCAUUGGUCUCCUGGUUCAUUUUCUGGCAGUAGAAAACACGACUUACUAUUAUCAAGGUAGCUUUGACGUGCUGGAUAUCCCAUACAACAGAAAUUAUCAAAGAGAGACAUCACCAGAAAAUAACUAUCUUAGCAAAAUUCUUGAGACUAAGAUGGUUGAUGCAUUUCAAAGUUCUAGCAUUUACAGACAAUAUAUCAAUUCUCAAGUCAUCACACUGGUUCCUCAUAACAACAGUCUAACUGCACAUAUAUGGCUGAUAUUCAAGGCUCCCAGAUCAAUGAAGGAAAACACCAGAAGAAGAAUUGAAAGUGUCUUACAUCAGAUGCUGAGAAACCAUGCAGGCUCUCUGACUACAGAUCCUAAUUCUCUUAGGCUCAAGGAAAUCAGUAAGGUUGAUGCUGAAAAGAUUAUCAACAACCGCUGUGGGACACGAGCAAGGAUGUCAGCUACGUAUGAUAGAAUAAAAGGAGGUUCCAAUGCUCAGAAGGGAGAAUGGCCUUGGCAAGCAACUCUCAAAAAGAAUGGCCGACACUACUGCGGGGCAUCUUUGAUCAGUGAAAGACACCUGGUGACUGCAGCUCACUGCUUUCAAAAGACAAACAAUCCAAAAAACUAUACUGUCAGCUUUGGCACAAGAGUAAAUCCCCCCUAUAUGCAACAUCAUAUUCAACAAAUUAUAGUUCAUGAAGACUACAUCCCGGGUGAACAUCAUGAUGAUAUUGCAAUUAUACAGCUCACCGAAAAAGUCUUAUUCAAGAAUGAUGUACAUCGAGUUUGUCUUCCUGAAGCCACACAGGUUUUUCCACCAGGUGAAGGAGUUGUUGUUACAGGAUGGGGAGCACUUUCAUAUAAUGGUAAAUACCCAGAGGUACUUCAGAAAGCAUCUGUGAAGAUUAUUGACACAAAUACCUGUAAUGCUCAGGAAGGAUAUUAUGGUAUGGUAUUGGACACAAUGCUAUGCGCUGGGUACUUGGAAGGAAAUAUCGAUGCCUGCCAGGGUGAUUCUGGAGGACCACUAGUUCAUCCUAAUUCUCGAAAUAUUUGGUACCUUGUUGGAAUAGUGAGCUGGGGAGAAGAAUGUGGUAAAAUCAAUAAGCCAGGUGUCUACAUGCGAGUGACUGCCUACCGCAACUGGAUCGCCUCCAAGACUGGUAUCUAA